AAAGAAACACUUCCUGUUUGUCGGUAAGCGUGGCCACAUUUCAUUCGACGUACCGAUCUAAUGGACACCAGCAUCAUGAAGACAGCGCUGAGAGAUCUCAUCCUUCUAUGUCUGGUAUCGACGUGCCUGUGUGGUCAACAGUCCGGCAAACCUGUGACCAUUAAUGAAAACAACUGGACAGAUUCACUGAAAGGAGAAUGGAUGGUUGAAUUUAUGGCUCCCUGGUGCCCUGCCUGUCGGGCGUUCACAGAGACAUGGACAAGCUUUGCAAAAUGGAGUGACGACUUUGACUUUAAAGUUGGUGUUGUAGAUGUCACUGAAAAUCCAGGACUAAGUGGUCGGUUCCUGGUAUCUGCUCUCCCCACUGUAUACCAUGUAAAGGAUGGAGUGUUCAGACAAUACAAGGGCGGACGCAAGGAAAACGAGCUAGUCAGCUUUAUUGAUGACAAGAAAUGGGAGGUGAUCGAGCCUGUGGUGUGGUAUCUGUCUCCCAGCUCCAUACAAAUGGGAGCUGUUGGAUUCUUUUUCAAGGCUGCAAUGCAGAUAAGGGCGCUGUACAAUGUCAUGACCUCGGAGUAUGGCAUCCCAGAAUGGGCGUGCUAUGUUAUCUUCGCAGUCAUGACCAUAGGUCUCGGGCUCAUUCUUGGACUGCUGAUUGUGUGCUGUUGUGAUAUGGUGUUCCCUACAAAAUAUCUACCUCCUCCACCUUCCAAGGACGCCAUAAUCCCCCAGAAUCCAGAGGACGAAUUAGAGUCACAAGAGGAAACCGAGGAUGAUGACUCACAAACAGAAGACAUCUUGGAUGACACACAACAUUCACAGUCAGAAGGCGAGUCUGUCGAGGAGGAGGAGGAGGAUAUAGAGAAGGCUACAGAGGAAACAAAACCAGAAGAAACUGGUGAUGCCAAGCCAAGACGGAGACGACCAAAGAAGGCGGACUAAAUCUACAGUAUGGUAGUUACUUACAGUGCCAAGCCGUGUCUGAUGUAUGUUGGGGUGUUAAGUACAGAAAUGGAGAACUCUUAGCUUGUCAGAUUUUAUAUCUCGAUCUGCUUGUAAAAAAUGGAUAUUCAGUCAUCUCUGUUUUCAGUUUGUAACACCACAAUAUUUCUUUAAUGAAGACAUUCAUUGACAGUGAGGAAAUCCAGUCACAAUAUAAUAUGGAUUUAUUUCAGUAUUAUUUAUCUACAAAAAUCUCGGAUAAAAUUCAUUUGUUCACAUUGGUUUUUGGGAGAAUAAUUUUGUUCAAUUUCACUAAUCUUAGUAUGUUUGACUUAGUUUUUGCAUAAUUUCAAAACUUUCCUUCAUUUACAAUGCAGAUGUGUUGAUCAACAGUUAUUGAUUUAUUUUUCAACGUCAUUAUCUUGUUUUCACCACAUUCUUGUUUUCAUAACCUGAAUGUUAUAGAGGUUCUAUGUACAAAUACAUAUUUAUGGAAUUAUGAGUAAUAUGCUUAUCUUAUAGAAAUAGAAUGAAUGUUGAAGACCAGAUUAUGAAUUAUUAAAUAUUAAUUUUGCAUCACCUGCAAAUUGCUGUUACAUUCUCACCUAUAUAUGUUUUAGACCGAUAGUAGUAAACUGUAACUGUCUUUGUUACAGUGUUGGUUUUAUCCUAUCAGUGGAAAAACCCCAAAAAAUGGAACCCCAGAAAAUGAGAAAGUUUAUUUUAGUUACUCUUUACAGACUUUCUGUAAUGCUAACAUUAAGUAACACAUCGCCACAUACUGUCAUAAGUAACUGUUAAUAGAAUGUUCUCUUCCUGUUUUAUUUAAAAAUGUACAUAUGUUUGUAUAUAUAGAAAAUAUUCCAAAGUCUAUGUACUUUUCUAUAGUUAUAACUAUCAUGACUUAUCUUUUGAUGUUUUUAAGAGGAUGGUAAUAAAAAAAACGUAGACUUACAGACCUUAUUGAUCUGUGAUAGAUCACAACAAUACGUUUAUUGAUGUCUCUGUUAUUAUUGAUUAGCAGUCAGUAUUACAUUAUCAAACUUUUCAUCGGUAAAUUUUAGAAUGGAAAUAUCAGCCAAACGUCACAAACCAUACUAAUAAUUAAGUUAAAUUAAGGUUGUUUUUCAAUGUACUAGUAGAUGAAUGUUAGAUUUCAGUAAAUUAUAAUUAACAACAGCUUGUUAAGUUACUUACUAAUUGGAUAAUUGUAAUUAUGGCGUUAUGUACAAUAUGUAGUAAGUUAUGAAGAAAUGUUGAAAAUUUAACGUUUGUUUAAUGGGUUGUGUUCUUUUAUGUCACUAUCAUCAAAAAGAAUGAUUAAGAAAUCUAAAUACUGUCCUGGUUCAGUUUGAUACAUCUGUUUAAACUGAUGUGUUGCAAAUAUCAAAAUGAUUAAGUGUUUUAAGGUGUCUUCUUUAAAUGAGUGUUACCAAUGUCUUACCAGAUUAAAAAGCUGUUAGAAUUGAAGCACUGGAGUGUGAGAAGAAAUGUGAUAUCAAACAUUUAUCUAUAAGAUUGUGAGCAAGCUUAUGACCACUUUGUUCGAUUGAGAGUUAGCUUGAAGUGUGCCACGUGUGUAAAUAAGUGUGAGAUGUACUAGAUAACAAAGUUUGUAGAUUUUAUAAAUAUGUUAAUAUGUAAAGUGAGAGAGAUCGUAUGAUUAGAUCAUAUGGAAGCUUUAAAAUAUUUGUCGCGAGUUGGGUUCCUUAUCAUCACCCCAUGGAGUGUUAAGGAAUCCUCAGACAAAUUGGUUUAUAUUGUUCUGCCAUUCCAAAAAUGCAUGAAACAAUACUAUUUUUGCAUAUAUAUAAACCUUUCACUAUAUAUUUUAGCAAUUAAGGACUUCUUGCUAACGUUUUCCAUUCUGUUAAGUCUCAAUAAAUAUCACUACACCAAAAUCACGUUUGUUUGUAGAUGUGUAAUCACAAAAUUAAUAUUAACUUAUUAGAAACAAAUUGUUUAUUGAAAUUUACAGGUGGCAGUUACAUUAGAUAUUAUAGAUUUGCACUUAAACAUAAAAAUUGUUAAACUAUAGACCUAAUAUUUUAAAGACAAGUAUCAAUUCUGUUUUAAACUUUUAUACGUAAUACCAGAGUUUUUCUGUAUCAAUAUUGUGAAAGCUUUACAGAAAUGCUUAAAAGGUUGAUUUGUUUCAUGAUUUUACGGUCUAAAUUGUUAAAUUGAUUUUGUUCAUCUGUACAACAAUGUACAUGUAUUAUAUUACAGUUGUGUAUACCAGUGUCGGAUUGUCUAUACGACAAUGUAAUGUAUUAUAUUACAGUUGUGUAUACCAGUGUCGGAUCAUCUAUACGACAAUGUAAUGUAUUAUGUUACAGUUGUGUAUACCAGUGUCGGAUUGUCUAUACGACAAUGUAAUGUAUUAUAUUACAGUUGUGUAUACCAGUGUCGGAUUGUCUAUACGACAAUGUAAUGUAUUAUAUUACAGAUGUGUAUACCAGUGUCGGAUUGUCUAUACCACAAUGUAAUGUAUUAUAUUACAGUUGUGUAUACCAGUGUCGGAUUGUCUAUACGACAAUGUAAUGUAUUAUAUUACAGAUGUGUAUACCAGUGUCGGAUUGUCUAUACGACAAUGUAAUGUAUUAUAUUACAGUUGUGUAUACCAGUGUCGGAUUGUCUAUACGACAAUGUAAUGUAUUAUGUUACAGUUGUGUAUACCAGUGUCGGAUUGUCUAUACGUCAAUGUAAUGUAUUAUAUUACAGUUGUGUAUACCAGUGUCGGAUUGUCUAUACGACAAUGUAAUGUAAUAUGUUACAACUGUGUAUACCAGUGUCGGAUUGUCUAUAUGACAAUGUAAUGUAUUAUGUUACAGUUGUGUAUACCAGUGUCGGAUUGUCUAUACGACAAUGUAAUGUAUUAUGUUACAGUUGUGUAUAACUAUACCAGUGUCGGAUUGUCUAUACGACAAUGUAAUGUAUUAUGUUACAGUUGUGUAUACCAGUGUCGGAUUGUCUAUACGACAAUGUAAUGUAUUAUAUUACAGUUGUGUAUACCAGUGUCGGAUUGUCUAUACGACAAUGUAAUGUAUUAUAUUACAGUUGUGUAUACCAGUGUCGGAUUGUCUAUACGACAAUGUAAUGUAUUAUGUUACAGUUGUGUAUACCAGUGUCUGAUAGUCUAUACGACAAUGUAAUGUAUUAUAUUACAGUUGUGUAUACCAGUGUCGGAUUGUCUAUACGACAAUGUAAUGUAUUAUGUUACAGUUGUGUAUACCAGUGUCUGAUCAUCUAUACGACAAUGUAAUGUAUUAUAUUACAGUUGUGUAUACCAGUGUCGGAUUGUCUAUACGACAAUGUAAUGUAUUAUGUUACAGUUGUGUAUACCAGUGUCGGAUUGUCUAUAUGACAAUGUAAUGUAUUAUAUUACAGUUGUGUAUACCAGUGUUGGAUAAUCUAUACGACAAUGUAAUGUAUUAUAUUACAGAUGUGUAUACCAGUGUCAGAUUGUCUAUACGACAAUGUAAUGUAUUAUAUUACAGUUGUGUAUACCAGUGUCGGAUUGUCUAUACGACAAUGUAAUGUAUUAUGUUACAGUUGUGUAUACCAGUGUCGGAUUGUCUAUACGACAAUGUGAUGUAUUAUAUUACAGUUGUGUAUACCAGUGUAAGAUCAUCUUUACGACAAUGUAAUGUAUUAUAUUACAGUUGUGUAUACCAGUGUCGGAUUGUCUAUACGACAAUGUAAUGUAUUAUAUUACAGUUGUGUAUACCAGUGUCGGAUAAUCUAUACGACAAUGUAAUGUAUUAUAUUACAGUUGUGUAUACCAGUGUCGGAUAAUCUAUACGACAAUGUAAUGUAUUAUAUUACAGUUGUGUAUACCAGUGUCUGAUCAUCUAUACGACAAUGUAAUGUAUUAUAUUACAGUUGUGUAUACCAGUGUCGGAUUGUCUAUACGACAAUGUAAUGUAUUAUGUUACAGUUGUGUAUACCAGUGUCGGAUUGUCUAUACGUCAAUGUAAUGUAUUAUAUUACAGUUGUGUAUACCAGUGUCGGAUUGUCUAUACGACAAUGUAAUGUAUUAUGUUACAGUUGUGUAUACCAGUGUCGUAUUGUCUAUACGACAAUUUAAUGUAUUAUGUUGCAGAUGUGUAUACCAGUGUGGUAUCAUCUAUACGACAAUGUAAUGUAUUAUGUUACAGUUGUGUAUACCAGUGUCGGAUAGUCUAUACGACAAUGUAAUGUAUUAUAUUACAGUUGUGUAUACCAGUGUCGGAUUGUCUAUACCACAAUGUAAUGUAUUAUAUUACAGUUGUGUAUACCAGUGUCGGAUUGUCUAUACGACAAUGUAAUGUAUUAUAUUACAGUUGUGUAUACCAGUGUGGUAUCAUCUAUACAACAAUGUAAUGUAUUAUAUUACAGUUGUGUAUACCAGUGUGGUAUCAUCUAUACAACAAUGUAAUGUAUUAUAUUACAGUUGUGUAUACCAGUGUCGGAUAAUCUAUACAACAAUGUAAUGUAUUAUGUUACAGUUGUGUAUACCAGUGUCGGAUUGUCUAUACCACAAUGUAAUGUAUUAUAUUACAGUUGUGUAUACCAGUGUCGGAUUGUCUAUACGACAAUGUAAUGUAUUAUGUUACAGUUGUGUAUACCAGUGUUGGAUAAUCUAUACGACAAUGUAAUGUAUUAUAUUACAGAUGUGUAUACCUGCAUGUGUCUGAUCAUCUAUACGACAAUGUAAUGUAUUAUGUUACAGUUGUGUAUACCAGGGUCGUAUUGUCUAUACCACAAUGUAAUGUAUUAUGUUACAGAUGUGUAUACCAGUGUGGUAUCAUCUAUACGACAAUGUAAUGUAUUAUGUUACAGUUGUGUAUACCAGUGUCGGAUUGUCUAUACGACAAUGUAAUGUAUUAUAUUACAGUUGUGUAUACCAGUGUCGGAUUGUCUAUACGACAAUGUAAUGUAUUAUAUUACAGUUGUGUAUACCAGUGUCGGAUUGUCUAUACGACAAUGUAAUGUAUUAUAUUACAGUUGUGUAUACCAGUGUGGUAUCAUCUAUACAACAAUGUAAUGUAUUAUAUUACAGUUGUGUAUACCAGUGUCGGAUUGUCUAUACGACAAUGUAAUGUAUUAUAUUACAGUUGUGUAUACCAGUGUUGGAUUGUCUAUACGACAAUGUAAUGUAUUAUGUUACAGUUGUGUAUACCAGUGUCUGAUCAUCUAUACGACAAUGUAAUGUAUUAUGUUACAGUUGUGUAUACCAGUGUCGGAUUGUCUAUACGACAAUGUAAUGUAUUAUGUUACAGUUGUGUAUACCAGUGUCGGAUUGUCUAUACGACAAUGUAAUGUAUUAUGUUACAGUUGUGUAUACCAGUGUCGGAUUGUCUAUACGACAAUGUAAUGUAUUAUGUUACAGUUGUGUAUACCAGUGUCGGAUUGUCUAUACGACAAUGUAAUGUAUUAUAUUACAGUUGUGUAUACCAGUGUCGGAUUGUCUAUACGACAAUGUAAUGUAUUAUGUUAAAGUUGUGUAUACCAAUGUCGGAUUGUCUAUACAACAAUGUACAUGUAUUAUAUUACAGUUGUGUAUACCAGUGUCGGAUUGUCUAUACGACAAUGUAAUGUAUUAUGUUACAGUUGUGUAUACCAGUGUCCGAUUGUCUAUACAACAAUGUAAUGUAUUAUAUUACAGAUGUGUAUACCAGUGUCUGAUCAUCUAUAAGACAAUGUAAUGUAUUAUAUUACAGUUGUGUAUACCAGUGUCGGAUUGUCUAUACGACAAUGUAAUGUAUUAUAUUACAGUUGUGUAUACCAGUGUCGGAUAAUCUAUACAACAAUGUAAUGUAUUAUAUUACAGUUGUGUAUACCAGUGUCGGAUAAUCUAUACAACAAUGUAAUGUAUUAUGUUACAGUUGUGUAUACCAGUGUAAGAUCAUCUAUACGACAAUGUAAUGUAUUAUAUUACAGUUGUGUAUACCAGUGUCGGAUAAUCUAUACGACAAUGUAAUGUAUUAUAUUACAGUUGUGUAUACCAGUGUCGGAUAAUCUAUACGACAAUGUAAUGUAUUAUGUUACAGUUGUGUAUACCAGUGUCGGAUUGUCUAUACGACAAUGUAAUGUAUUAUGUUACAGUUGUGUAUACCAGUGUCGGAUCUUCGUUCACAGUUGUACAAUUAUUAUUGUUUGCCUAUGCAAAUAAAUUGUGUCGCUCAAUAA